AUGCAAUCAGCUGUUGAGGUCACCACGAUGACGACACAAUUAGGUUCUCAAAGUGUUGGUGGUAGCCGAGUAUCCGUAAAAGACUUAUGUUGCCUUUUCUGUUGUCCUCCACUUCCUUCCUCAAUUGUUUCCAAACUAGCUUUUAUGCCGCCUGAGGCAAGCUAUCGCAUUGUGAAGCAUGAUUCCCAGCUCACUUCACUAGAAUUAGUGGAAGGACGAGCAGAUUGGCCGCAUGGCUACGAUGAACUCCGUAACAUCGAUGUCUUCCACACUCGAACACGGCGAAGAAAUGACAUUGUUUGUAUGUAUGUUAAACCAUGUGGCGAUGCUCGUUUCACUUUAUUAUUUUCACAUGGCAACGCGGUUGACCUCGGACAGAUGUGUAGCUUUUAUUAUGGACUUGGUUUUCGUCUCGGAUGUAAUGUUUUUAGCUACGAUUAUUCGGGAUAUGGCUGUUCUAGUGGUAAGCCGUCAGAAAAGAACCUCUACGCUGAUAUUGCAGCAGCAUUAGCAGCAUUACGUUCAAGAUAUCAGAUGCCUUUAAAUCAAAUUAUUUUGUAUGGUCAAUCAAUAGGAACAGUUCCAAGUGUAGAUUUGGCAAGUACCGAAAGCUCCGUAGCAGCACUUAUCUUGCAUUCUCCGCUGAUGUCCGGAAUGCGUGUGGCGUUCCCUGGAACACAGCGAACGUGGUGCUGUGAUGCAUUCCCAUCUAUCGAUAAAGUAGCACGCGUACGUUGUCCAACGUUGGUUAUCCAUGGUACUGACGACGAAGUAAUCGAUUUUUCGCAUGGUGUGUCCAUUUACGAACACUGUCCUUCAUCGGUUGAACCACUUUGGGUGCCUGGCGCAGGACAUAACGAUGUCGAACUACAUGCAGCAUAUCUUGAUCGGCUGAGAGCAUUCAUCGAAAAUGAAGCUAGAGCAUUCAUCGAAAAUGAAGCUUAUAGAGGAAAAGAAACUAGCACUACAACAACAACAGCUGUAACUCAUAGUACUUCAUAA